AUGCGUUCCACUCUUUAUGCGCUCGCGGCGUGGCCGCUUGCGGCUCAAGCCCUCGACUUCAUCGACAGCUACACAUCCGAGCAAAAUGGAAUUAUGCGAUAUACUCUUACCACCACCAAGGGUGCCCGUUCGAAGCACCUGCACAGGCGCCAGGAUAGCGCCGAUUUGCAAGCCCAACAAACUGGCUAUUUUUACAGCAUUCAACUCGAAAUUGGUACACCACCGCAGGCAGUGAGCGUCAAUUUCGAUACUGGUUCUUCCGAGCUCUGGGUCAACCCCGUGUGUAGCAAGGCUACAGACCCGACCUUUUGCGAAACCUUUGGCCGAUUUUCAAACUCCACAACAUUUGUCGACGCCAAGGAACCGGGAGGUAUCAAAUAUGGUACGGGCUUUGUUGAUUUCAACUAUGGCUACGAUUACGUCCAGCUCGGCUCAUUGAGAAUUAACCAGCAGGUUUUCGGUGUUGCCACUGACAGCGAGUUUGCUUCCGUUGGUAUUCUCGGUGCUGGCCCUGAUCUGAGUGGCUGGAAGAGCCCUUACCCCUUUGUCAUUGACAACUUGGCCACGCAGGGUUUCAUCAAGAGCAGGGCUUUCAGUCUUGAUAUCCGAGGCCUUGACAGUGACCGAGGCUCUGUCACCUAUGGCGGAAUUGACGUCAAGAAGUUUUCUGGACCCCUCGCCAAGCGACCCAUCAUCCCCGCCGCCUCCUCUCCCGACGGCUACACUCGUUACUGGGUUUACAUGGAUGGUAUGAGCAUCACCAAGGAGGACGGAUCCAAUGUUGAGGUCUUCGACAAGCCUAACGGCCAGCCGGUGCUCCUCGACAGCGGCUACACCGUCAGCACCCUUCCCGGUCCUCUUUUCGAGAAGAUCCUCACGGCCUUCCCUUCUGCCCGUCUGGAGACUACCUCUGGCGACUACAUUGUUGACUGCGAUAUCAUCGACACCCCCGGCCGUGUCAACUUCAAGUUUGGUGACGUCGUCGUCGACGUCGAGUACAAGGACUUCAUCUGGCAGCAACCUGAUCUGGGCAUCUGCAAGCUUGGUGUUUCUCAGGACGAUGACUUCCCUGUUCUCGGUGACACCUUCCUGAGGGCUGCUUAUGUCGUCUUUGACUGGGAUAACCAGAACAUUCACAUUGCAGCCAACGAGGACUGCGGCACUGAGCUGAUCCCCAUCGGCUCUGGACCCGACGCUGUCCCGGCUUCUGCCAUCGGCCAGUGUGCUUCCUCUGUUAACCAAACCACCUCUGCUGCCCAGACGACCACCUCUGCCGCCGCUACGACGUCCAAGGUGGCCACCACUUCUGCUGUCACGACCUCUGCCGCCACCACCUCCGGCGUGCCGCUGUCCACUGGCCCUGCUGGUAGCGGACGUCCCACGUCUUCUCACCACUUUGGCAAUGGCACUGUUAUCUACUCCGUCCCCAGCCUCAGCACCACCGCUACCGCUGACCUGAGCACUACCGCUGCUGCUGGUGCCGGUACCACUGCCGCUCCCACUUACACCUCGACCUUCACCACGACAAACGUGUACACCAUCACCUCGUGCCCGCCCUCUGUCACCAACUGCCCCGUUGGCCACGUCACGACUGAGGUGGUUGAGCUCUACACGACCUGGUGCCCCAUUGAGAACGGCAGCGGCAGUCCCACGUCUCCUCCCAAGACGGCCCCUCCCGAGAUCACUGCUACUUACACGCUGCCCAACACCUACACCUGCAAGGGGGGGCAGAACAGCUGCUCCGAGCCCCAAACGACACCUCACGUCAUUGUUGUCACUCCCAUUGUCACCCAGACGACCCCCGUUGCGAUCCCCUCUUGCACCACGUGUGCUGCUGUGGUCCCCACCCCCUCCGGCAUUGCUUCGACUCCUGUCUCGACCACUGCAGUUCCACCAGCGACUGCCCCUGCCGCUACCAACAGCAGCCCGGCUCAGUCUGCCUACUACCCGCCUCCGCCUCCGCAGCACGCUGUCUCUACUCCGGUUGUCGUUUCUCCCGUCGUCACUCCGGCUCCCGUUCCCGUUCCUACCGGUGGUUUGACGACCGUCAUCACCCCUGGCAGCUCGGGCGCUGUUCCUUCCCAGCCUGCCCAAUCUGGUCUACCUCCUGUCCCGGCUGGAGCCGCUGGAUUCCGCGCUCCUGCCAUGGUGGCUCUGUUCGGCGGAGCCGUGGCCGCUCUUUUGUUGUAA